AUGUUUUCAGGGUUCUCAGAACAAGUGGAUAUUGGCCGUGAGUUUCCAGCUGAGCCAAUAGACGAUGGAGGUCCUCUGUAUGCAUCGCUGCGUGGACCCAACCUGUGGCCAAAGAGCAUACCCGACUUUAAGACAACCAUCUUGGAUUUGAUGCAAGCGAUGACAGAUGUUGGCAUUAUCAUCUUGAGUGCUAUGGCGAAAAAUCUGAAAGUGGUGGAUGAAAAGGCGUUCAUGGAAAUGUUCAAUAGCGACUACAGCGCACGUAUGAAACUGACUCGGUAUCCUGGCAUGAAGAAUACAACCGAUCGUCCGUUAGAGCAUGGAUUAGGUGUUGGACCACACAAGGAUUAUGGAUUUUUAGCUGUAUUGUUGCAAGAUCCCAUUGGUGGCCUUCAGGUCCAAACGCACGAUGGUCAAUGGAUUGAUGCAACACCAAUCCCGGAUACAUUCGUAGUCAAUAUUGGAGAAACAUUCGAACGGUUGACACGCAAAAUCUUCAUCGCUACGACACAUCGGGUAUUGAAUAACCCAGAGGAUCGGGAUCGAUUCUCCAUUCCAGUAUUUCUGGCAGCCUCUCUUGAUACCCGCGUUCCUCAAGUCAUUGCGUCUGCGGUUGAGCUAGACAACAAGAAAAUUGUUUCUGAUGUUCAGGAGAACCAGCUGUUGCAAGAAGAGGUUUACGGUGUCAACGAAUUGAAUGGCUAUAUGCGCAGCCAUCCGCGAGUGCGUGAUCGAUGGUACAAUUAUGAUGAAAAGACCAAGCUUUGGUCGCGUCGCGUUGAACCUCUACUACCGUCUGCCCAAAAUAGUUGUAGCUCUUAAAUGUAUAUAUCAUGCACAUUCGCUAAGCUAGAAAUUGUGUUGUUGAUGCAAUAAAUUUCUG